CUCUAUGCCACGGCACGCGGCCGGCCGGGUUUCGAUUUUAAAACCCAGCCCGGCAAGCUUACUUCGCAGUCGGAUCUCGUACGAUACGCACGCGUCCGAUAAGCUCUCAAGCAAUUUACGAAUUUCUUGUUUUAGUGUUUGUAUAAUCGACAAACUGUGCUCUUCAAAUAUGUGUGAAAAAAGGAUAAGGAAAAUUAAAAAAGGUUCGCAAUUGGCUCGCCUACGUGAAGCGAGACGCCUACAAAGAAUGCAGUGGUUAGCUUCACCGACUACACCAGAGGCGCUCGCACCUCCUCCGCCUCAGUCAGCCGUAGUAGACAAAGCUGCUCAAAACAGAGUAAUUUUAGAACUAGCCUGGAAAACAAUCGCCCUGAUGCAGAAAAACAGGCUUAUCCAACAAAAGAUCAUUGCUCUGCAAAAAGAAACGUCUGAUUUCGUUGCUGCUGUCAUGAGCAAUCCAGAAAACAAACGGCGAUAUUUGGAACAUGUCCGUCUUUAUGCCGCUGGUCUCAUCACCUUACAACCCGCGGAAGACGCGCAAACUAAACCCCUGAAGAUAGAAUCUAAAAACUAAAUUUUCCUCAGUAAAAUAAUGAAUGAAUGAAUAAAGUGAAGGGUGAUCGUAUUAUACUUCUGAUUAAGUUUAAAAAUUGUGUUAUUGCAUAUAAGCUAUGCUUAUUGUGAUCGACUUAUGUUAGUUUAUUUAAGUACUCAUUGAUGCAAGGAAAAUAUUGGUUAAAAUGUGCUUUUAUUUUACCUUCCAGCAAUAAUAUUUAAAUGCAGUGUCUUAUUCAAAAACGUUGUGGCUAAUAUAGGAAACCCUUUUUGUUGUAAACAUAUUGAGGUUGUUAUAUACGAGGCUGUUGAUGUUUCUAGGUAUAUCUCGUGUAUCUUUUAUUAUAUAGACUUAUAUUUAACUUAUAUUUAAGCCUUAAAAGUAUUGAUAAACGAUUUAACAGGUUGACCAAUUACAUAGGUCUAGAAAUUUAUAGGAAUACAAUAAAAAACCGCUAAUUAUACGUCCAUUUUUUUAUAUGAGUUCUCUUUUAAAGUUAGUGACAAAAUUUUAAAUGUUAAAUAAACCACUAUGUAAAAUUGAUUGGAUGAUAAAAUAUAUGUAACAUGUAAAAAUCUUGAGCCUUAUAUUACAGAUUGUGUAUGAGUUACGUCUGUUUAAUCGAAAUUUAGUUGUAAGUUCCAAAAAGCUGAAAAAGCUUAAAAUACUCUCAAACUGUAAAAUAAUGGUCAACAAAUAUUACCUUAAAUCUGAGCUUAGUACCAAAAUACUCUCCAUAAUGAACAUUUCAUUACAAGAAUUAUCCUUUAUAAUUUUAGUUUUAAAUGUGGUCUAAUUUAGUAUUUAUCAUUUUUUUAUAUUUUUAGAAGGCAUUUAAUAGUUGUAGUAGUAGAUAAUUAUCUACAUUGCACACACAGACAUACCACAGUGUUCAUUUUACGUAAAUUAUCUCCUAGGUGUGUGUGUAGUCAAAUAUUCAGUGUUCAUUUUAAAUGUUAUCAGUUUGUUAUUGCAAUAUACAAUUACCAUUUGUCUUUACACUUCGUUCCUAAUUUUGAUAAAAGUAGAAGCCUCUGGGUUUUGCUACAGUCGGCUAAAAGUGAACUCAUUAAAACAUGCAAAUCAAA